AUGAUAGCGGCAGAAAAUUUGGACCUUUCUUUCAAAGAACUGUCUCUGGACGGGGGAAUUACGGCCAGUGAAGAAAAUAACAAAAUCCUCAAAUGGAAUCUACCGCUGAAAGAGCUGUACAAGCUGGCCUGCAGUUUCUACAAAGAAAAAUCGGGCAAAGCGAUUCACCUAAGUUACGAGGACAAUUUAAAGCUGGUGGCUUUUACACAGCAAGCCGCACACGGCCCACUGGAUCUUUCGGAAGCUCCACCGCUGGGCAUGUUUGAUGUCAUUGGGAAAGAUCGCAGAAUAGCAUGGCAACAGCUGGGCACGAUCACAAAGCUGCAAGCGAUGGAAGGUUUCAUCGAUCUGUUGGAUCGUCUGUGUCCACUAUUUAAACCGUACGUGGAAGCGAUCAAGAAGGACAAGGAAGAGAAAGCUCGUCGGGCAGAACAGGAACAGAUCCAGCGUACGGAAGCGCUUGCCGCGGAAAAGGAACGUCAGGAAGAGCAACAGCGGCUCGAGAACGAAAAGAAUCGUGAAGAGUUGCAUCGGCGGCAGCUGCAGGAUGCGCUUAAUCAGCAAACUUACCACCAGUUCAAGGAGUAUGCCGAAAUCCAGUUUCCGGGCAAUCCGGAACAGCAGGCCGUGCUGAUACGGCAGCUUCAGAACGAACACUAUCACCAGUACAUGCAGCAGCUGCAGGCCCAGGUGGCGACCAACUUGGCCCGUCUGAAAAGCAUAUCCGACGCGGAGGACGAGGAUAAUCCUACCGCGGUCGUGUGUGAGAAUGGAACCGGUACCAAUGAGACGGCAGAAUUUACGUGCGGCAACACCAAGGAAAAUAGUCAAUUCGAGUUUAAGGAACAGUGUGACAGUGACAAUGACUCCGGAGAUUACGCAGUAAUCAGCCCCGCGAAUAUGUGGACAAAGCCGGAUAUAAAACUAUUCAAGCAGGAAGUGAUGGCCGGCAAAGGUGAUGGAGUGAUACGCGUUAAUCAUGGCGAUACAGUGACGGUGAAAGUUCCAACACACGAAGGUGGUUCGUGUUUGUUUUGGGAGUUUGCAACCGAUAGUUACGAUAUUGGGUUUGGCGUUUAUUUCGAAUGGGGUAAACCACCGACGACCGAAGUUUCGGUGCAUAUUAGCGAAAGUGACGAGGACGAUGAUACGAUAGAGGAAGAUGAAGAAGUGAUCUGCGCGGAAGAUCUUGAGUGUGGUCCGGUGCAGAGCAACCAAACGAGUAGCGUCGGUAGUGCACUCGGUACGCGCAAUCCCAUCUCGAUCAUCAUACCGAUCUAUAGGCGCGAAUGUCACCAGGAAGUGUACGCCGGUUCCCAUACGUACCCGGGCGAGGGCACGUACUUGCUCAAGUUUGACAACUCGUACAGCUUGUGGCGCCCGAAGACGCUCUACUACAAGGUGUUCUACACGCGAUAA